GAAUGCAACACGUCAAUGAGGAAGAGAAAACCGUGCGAAAGGUCACCUUUCACAUUGUACUAUACAAUCAGCCCUUUCUAUAGUGACACAACAGAAGACAUGAGAUAUAACUCGAGUUAUGAAGAUACUUUAAUGAACAUAAAAGCUGUGAUUAUUGCCCUGGACUGAUUUCUCCUUUCAUUUCCGCCUAUAAAGCUGUCACGUGAUCUGUCACGUGUGGCUUACUUGAGAUGCCAGAAUGGAUGGAGGAGGGACACCAUCACCGUGCUGCAGGUCUGCUCAUGAAGGCUUUCAUGGCACCAUCAAGAACUCCACCCAGGACUUUGUAGUGACUGAGAUAGAUGUUCAUGGGCAACUUGUGAACAGCCCAGAAGCUCUCGAGGAACCUGUGAAGAUCAAGAAUGAUGCUGAGGUUAGAGAUUGUCCUCACACAGACAAAAUCCUGACAGAGGAAACACCUCCUGAUGUUGACUUGAGUGGUGGUGAAGCUUUGAGUCAGGACUCUUUUGACCUGAGUGUAAUUCUGAGCUGCUCGGUAAGUAAGAACUUGGAGCAGUUCGCCAGCGAGGUCCAGGGUUGUCAUGAGGUGCAGAAGAACUUAGAAAUGUCCCUUGGAGCCUUUCCAGACAAACCACAGCGAGCCGUUGUGCACAGCGCAGUAAAGUACAAUUACCCUUUUCUCAUGACGGUCACCAACCGUGACGAGAUCCUGGUCAGAGAGGACCCAGACUUCAGAGAACUCUCACAUCUAGUAUCCGUGCAAGAAGCGGAGGAUUUCUUCAGGUAUAAAGAUGCCAAAGUUCCUGGCUCCACAUUCAGCUUCUUGCCUGAUGACAUCAAGGAGCACCGGACGUCUGUACACCAUUUUGUGAGCAGAAAGUUUGGAAAGCUGAUGGAGACGAAGAGCUUCGUGACGCAUGGAGGAACUGCUAUAACAGUGAGGCUAAGAGAGCGAGGAGGACCGGCCAGGAAGAGGACGGCAGCAGAUCGGGAGGAGAAGGAUAUCUACACAGGUUUCACCCUAAGAAAAGAAAACCUUGAGACCUUAGAGGCCAUCAGCUAUAUGGCAGCAGUUCUUGGAGUUCUUCCAUCUGAUUUCUCCUACGCUGGCAUCAAAGACAAGCGAGCCAUCACCUAUCAGUCCAUGGUUGUAAAGAAGAUCUCUCCAGAACGGCUGCUGGAGAAGGCCUACAUGUUUGAGAGGAAAGGAAUACAAGUGUCUAAAGUCUACCUGGUAUCCGAACCCCUUCGGCUCGGAAGGCUAGCAGGCAACCGUUUUGACCUUGUUGUCCGGGACCUGAAGCCCCACAAAAGUAGUUCAGUAGAUCUAGAAAGUCUUGUGAAAGAGGCAGUGGAGAACGUAAAGACUCGAGGGUUUGUGAACUAUUAUGGACCGCAGAGGUUUGGGACUUGCCAGAAGGUUCAAGCAGACCAAGUGGGACUUGCUCUCCUGAAAGAGGACACGAAUACAGCUCUCAGGUUGUUUCUGAGUCCAGAGGAAGGUGAUGACCUCGAAAAUAAAGCCAAGCAACAUUUCCAUCAGACAGGGAAUGCCAAAGAAAGCCUGGCUCUGAUGCCCCCACACAAGGCCAGAGAGAGGAUGAUGCUACGAGCUCUGCACCGCUACGGCAGCGGCCCCGAAGGCAGCAGUAACGCCUGGCUUAGCCUGCCGCACGGGAUGAGGGUCUUUUACCUCCACGCCUACUGCAGUCGUGUGUGGAAUGAAGCAGCAUGUUUCAGGCUGCGGACUCUAGGAGUGAGACCUGUACAGGGAGACCUGGUCUUAGCUGUGGCAGAAGCAGCAGAGGAAGAGACCCAUGCAUCACAGGUCCACGUUGUUACAGGUGCAGAAGAGCAGAACUGUGUUUUUUCACUAGAUCAGGUGGUCCUUCCAAUGCCAGGCAACAGUGUGAAGUACCCAGAGAACACGGUCGGCUCAUGGUACAAGGAAAGACUGGGACAGGACGGCCUUGGGUCCUGUAGAUUCAGAAUCCCCUCGCUGAAACUCAACGUCCCAGGCUGCUAUCGCCCCCUACUGUCUUACCCCCGUAAUGUCUCCUACAGCCUACACCCUGAGGAGGACACGCAGGACACUGGGCCCUGCAGAACCAAACUGGUGCUCUCUUUUAACCUGAAUGCCUCCUGUUAUGCAACAGUGUGUCUCCGAGAAAUCAUGAAGUGUGACCCGUAGGAGCCCCUUGAUAAGCGUCAGGUUGGGUUUCAGUACCACACUCGACUGGACAACAGGAUGUCGGCGAUGCAGGGAAACAUGUGGCCAAUGUUUUAUAUGGAGUUUAUGAGGGAGCUGAUAAUGAUCAAGAAAAAGACUUAAAAGAUGGUGAUGAAAUGUCAGAAAUAAUGCUAUGACAAUACAGAUACUUUUAUAUCUGUUUAUUUUGAAUCAAAUGUCAUAAUAAAUAAUCAGUGUGCAGACGAA